AUUAAAGAGGAGGAAACUCGGGAAAAACUAAUGUUCAAAGCGUUAGAUUCAAUAGUUUUCAAUCAUUCUCAUUGUUUAGAGAUCACUUUUUAAAACAAAACACACAAAAAACCACUCUCUCAAAAGUGACAUUAUGGUUUGAUACGAACAGAAUGGCAAAUCUGGAUGUUGAACCAGAGUAUUCAUGAUAAAGAAAGUUAACAAUUUCUACGGAGAUCUGGAGUUGACCUAUUAGCAAGUGCCGCCACCCCCCAGCUAUCAACGAGAUGUCGCAGGGCCAGAGUUCCCUGCCCCAGAACAAAGAGGCUCAGCUGAGGUCCUACCAGGUGCACCUCAAGGACAACAUCCGCUCAAUGUUUGAAAAUUUCUCAGAGAUAAUUAAGCUGGCCCGCAUUGAGGAGGACGGCCAGCUGCUGAGGGCCACUCAGAUUGACCAGGACCACUACGAGAUGCAGGUCCGAGCCGCCAACAUUGUGAAGGCGGGCGAGUCGCUGAUGAAGCUGGUGUCGGAUCUCAAGCAGUUCCUGAUCCUGAACGACUUCCCGUCGGUGAACGACUCCAUCACGUACAACGCCGGCACCUACAAGGACAUGCAAGGUGGCAUCGACAAGAAGCUGAUGGUGCUGCGUGACGACAUGGCCUCUGACCUCUACGAGCUGGAAGACGAGUACUAUUCCUCUGUCUACAAGUGAUGGCGGGGGUUGUGUGUAUGUGUGUGUGUGUCUGUGUGUGUGUGUCUGUGUGUGUGUGUGUAUGAGCUGGAAGACGAAUACUAUUCCUCUGUCUACAAGUGAUGGCGGGGGUUGUGUGUUUGUGUGUGUCUGUGUGUGUGUCUGUGUGUGUGUGUCUGUGUGUGUGUGUGUAUGAGCUGGAAGACGAAUACUAUUCCUCUGUCUACAAGUGAUGGCGGGGGUUGUGUGUGUGAGUGUCUGUUUGUGAGUUGGAGGAUGAAUACUAUUCCUCUGUCUACAAGUGGUGACGGGGAUUGUGUGUGUGUGUGUGUGAAUUUGUGUAUGUGGCUGAGUGAGUGUGUGAGUGUCUAUACAAGAGCCUCAGAGAGAAUGGUGUAUAGUGGUCUCCGCCUAAACGCACGCCAUACAAUAGCACGCUCCGCUCAAACACACGCUUUCGUAAUCUGGCGAGUUUUUUACUACAUAAUUUAGACGUCACUCUCUCUCUCUCUAAACGCACGGUCCGAUCCGCGAAACACAGCGACAAUUUAAGCUGAACAAAGGGAAAUCUGCACAGCUUGCAUAAGACAAGCUUAGACAGUAUGCUAUUUGGUGAGACUGCCCCUCACGCCGAACAAAGAGAUUGAUGGACAGCGUUUUCACACCCAACUUUCCACAGACAGGACAUAGGUUUAGGACUGGUCGGUGAAAUGUUGGGGGGUUGGGGGACUGAAAUGUUAUUUGAUUGGUCACUGGGUUUCUGACUGGUGUUUUGGUAACUGCAUGUAAUAUUUGGUUAGACCUAAGCCCAUGAUGCGAAACAUGCACGAAUGCUCGUCCAUGAAUUUACGGUCGGGGGUGGUCGCUUGAAAAGUCACGUGGCUGGGCCGUUGAUUUUAUGACUAUCACCAACAGUUUCCUCAUACGCUAUCUGUUCCCGACAUUUUAUGGUGCACAUCAACACAUUGAGUCUGGAGUUCUUCCCCCCCACACACGCCCAUUCAACGCCUUUGUAUUCUUAACCGCAGUCAGGGAAUCCUUCACAAUACAGUCACGUGUCAUCACAUUAUCGGCCUAAAGUGACCCCCCACCCCCAAGGGAGGUCACUAGUAUAUCAAGGCCAUGAGAUGACUGCGUCCCUUCCUCCCUUUGCAAAG